AUGGGCACUCGAGGCUUGUUGGCCUUGAGUGGGGAUCAACAUGUAGCGGAUGCUGCAGGAUCUACAGGGGUCUUAUUGUUGCUUUGGAUGAUUGUCAUAUCAGUGACCAUCAUAUCGAUGGUAGUAUUCGCUUGUGGAGAUUGUGGUGAUGAUGAAUCUAACAAGAAAAAGAAGAGGCAUUCAAUAAGUUGCUACUGCUGCGGUGGAGGCGAUGGUGGUGGAGAGGACGGUGGUGAUAGAGGAGGAGACGUCGGUGGAGAUGAUGGCGAUGGUGGUAGCGAAAAUGAUGGUGGUGUUGGCGACAGUGGAGGAAACGGUGAUGGUGAUGGUGGCCACGGCCACGACCAUGGUGGUGGUCAUCAUCAUGGCGAUGUCGGUGGUGGUCAUCAUCAUGCUCAUGAUGGUGGUGGUCAUCAUUAUGUCCAUGACAGUGGUGCUCAUCAUCAUGCUCAUGUGCCCCAUCAUCACAUCCAUGACGGCGGUGCUCAUCAUCAUCACGUCCAUGACGGAGGUGCUCAUCAUCAUGUUGGAGGCCAUGAUAUUGGUGGUCAUCACGGCCCCGUUGGUGGUUUUUGA